AUGUCGACGACGGUGCAAAAGAUCAAGGAGAUUGAGGAUGAGAUGGCCAAGACGCAGAAGAACAAGGCCACGGCCUACCACCUGGGCCAGCUGCGCGCCAAGCUGGCCAAGCUCAAGCGCGAGCUCAUCACGCCCAGCGGCGGCGGCGGCGGCGGCGCGGGCGUCGGCUUCGACGUGGCAAAGACGGGUAUCGCCAGCGUCGGCUUCGUCGGCUUCCCCUCGGUCGGAAAGAGCACCCUAAUGUCCGGCCUGACGGGCACCACGUCCGAGGCGGCCGCCUAUGAGUUUACCACCCUCACCUCGGUGCCCGGCACCAUGAAGGUCCACGGCGCCCCCAUCCAGAUCAUCGACCUGCCCGGUAUCAUUGAAGGCGCAAAGGACGGCAAGGGCCGCGGCAGGCAGGUCAUCGCCGUCGCGAGGACGUGCAACCUCAUCUUUAUCGUGCUCGACGUCGGAAAGCCAUUGAAAGACAAGGCGAUCAUCGAAAACGAGCUCGAGGGCUUCGGCAUCCGGCUCAACAAGCAGCCGCCCAACAUCAUCGUGCGGAGAAAGGACAAGGGCGGCAUCUCGAUCACCAACACGGUGCCGCUCACCAAGCUCGACAACGACGAGAUCAAGGCGGUGCUGUCCGAGUACCGCAUCUCCAACGCCGACGUCGCCUUUCGCCAGGACGCCACCGUCGAGGAGCUCAUCGACGUCAUCGAGGGCAACCGCAUCUACGUGCCGUGCAUCUACGUGCUCAACAAGAUCGACUCGAUCUCGAUCGAGGAGCUCGACCUGCUCUACAAGAUCCCCAACUCGGUCCCCAUCUCGUCGCAGCACUGGUGGAACGUCGACGACGAGCUCGUAGAGAAGAUGUGGGAGAUGCUCAACCUCGUCCGCGUCUACACCAAGCCGCGCGGCAUGGUGCCCGACUACAGCUCCCCCGUCGUCCUCAAGCGCGGCAAGAGCACCGUCGAAGACUUUUGCAACGCCAUCCACAAGGAGAUUAUCAAGCAGUUCAAGUACGCGAUGGUGUGGGGCAAGUCGGCAAAGCACCCACGAGGCCAGCGGGUCGGCGCGGACCACAUCCUCGACGACGAAGACUGCGUCACCAUCUUCAAGCGCUAG